AUGGGCACCUUCCGCGACCGACUGCGGUGCCUGCGCAUGCGCUCUAGGCAAGACGAGAUCUGUGAGCUUAUGAAAAAUAAUUCCGAUCCCGAGGCUCGCUACAGGAGAGACUUAAGACUGCUGGCCAAGCUGAAUGCAAGACGCGAUGCCACAAACCCCGACCCCGACCACCCCGUCAAGAUCGAGGACAAGCAAGUAGACCCCAAGACGCAAGACACCACCGACGAGAAGCCGCCCGCAUCCAAACCGGAUAACCCCCUCCCCAAGCCCGCCCCGGAGGAGGAGAUUAAGCCCCCCUCACCCACCGAACAACCAAACGCCUACACCCUGAGCACAACCGAAGCCCAAACCAUCAUCGACUGGCAUCGCGAGUCCCAGGCCCUCUACGAAACCCUCAAGCGAGAGAAAGACAACCUCCAGUCGCAACACAAAAAGCUACAAGAGGCCCACGACAAUUUGGCGAGAGAGGUCAGCUCGCUAAACAUGGAUUUGACCAGGGCAAAGUUCAUGUGUGGUUGGUAUGAGCGCUUGAAGUUUACGCUUGAGGGGAAAGUCGCAGAUUCACAAAACGAGAUUGACAAGAUCUGGGCUGAGCUCGAGAAGGCAGUCGAGAGGAAUACCACGUAUCAAGAAGAGGUAGCCAAGCUGAAGGCGGAGGUAGAUAAGCAUCGGUUGUCCGGCGGGGAUGGAUUUGGAGACGUAUUUGACAAAGAGAGGGAGGCAUUGUACAGGAUUGAGUAA